AUAGGUAGUGUGAAACUUCUCCUCCCCCCAUUUCUCUACAAACUGAUGGUGUUUAUGGUAAACCCAGGGACCUGGGAGGUGGCCUACAAGAGGAGCAGGAGCCGGCAAGGUCAGAUGCGAGGUGUCCAGCCUGCAUAAAGGGGGUGUGAGGGUGUCACAGCAGCUGCCUCGCCAUGACCUCCUGGGCCCUCCUGCUCCUCGCCUCGGUGCUCCUGGCCACCCCAGGUCUGACCUUUUCUGGUCUGACUCCUGAGGACCAUGAUGAUCUGUCCACGGUUGACAUGUGUCAGGAAGAGCACUUCUUUGAGGUCCCGGCUCAGGAGGCAUCCAAGGAUGACCAGAUGAUCUUCACCUGUAUACCUUGUAAGAUUAUAAUCAGGUUGCUGAUGAAAUACCUGGGAGAGUAUAUCACAGAGGAAGCCAUCAAGCAUGCUGCAUCUCUCCUGUGCGAGGAGACAUUUGUGUUGACCCAUUUAUGCCACAAAAUAAUCACUAAAUAUCUUAGUGACAUCACCCUGCGUAUCCUGAAUGACAAAUCCCCUCAGGCAAUCUGUAUGAAACUCGGGAUGUGCAGACCUGAUAUAGGUCUGACCUUAUCUGGUCUGACUCCUGAGGACCAUGAUGACCUAUUCACCGCUGACAUGUGUCAGGAAGAGCACUUCUUCGAGGUCCUGGCCCAGCUGGCAGCCAAGGGUGACCCUCAGUUCAACCAAUGCGAUUUAUGUAAAUUGAUAGUUAACUGGCUGAAGAAUUGCCUAGGUGGUAACCUAAUUCAGAAAGCCUUUGAAAAAGUUGCAUCACUGGUGUGCUCAAAGUUUCCGUUCCUGGAAAAUCACUGCAAAGAAACCAUCCGCAAAUUUCUGGGGGAAAUCACUUACUGCAUCGUGAAUGUUGAACCUGCGAAGCGAAUCUGUGUGAUACUCAGGAUAUGCUCCCCUAGGCAGGUGACCAAGAAACUGGGACCUUACUCCACCCCGGGGAGAAGCACAGAGUCUCCAGCAGGCACCGCCAGCUCCUGCCUUCCUAAAUCCAGGACAGACCCUCCAGUUUCUCUCAGCUAGCUCCUUGCAGUGCUGUCCCCUGGCAGGAGAAUAAAAUCUCUUGCAAGCUUUUGGCCACAGCUUCUGUUCCUUUUGUGGGAUUUGAGUGGAGGGUCUCAAAAAUAGGCUUGGGUGGCUUAUGCACUCACUCAAUGAAUGUUUAUUAUAUGUCCCACACUCUUUUGUAGAAGCUGGGGAUGUAGUGGACAAGACAACCUUAGCAGCUCUUCCACAUAAAGUCAUGAAAUGCCUAUGAAGCCCUCACUAGAGACACACAAUCUUCUAAGAGCCGGGAGUACACAGUGAAUAUACCCCAGGAGCUCUGAGACCAGCGGAAAGAACCACAGAGUUGUAGUUAAGAGUGCUCUUGUUCCUAAGGAGCAGAAACCGAUCUUUUGCUUCUGUUGGUAUUUUGGGGAGUGUAUUAUUUAAGAUUGUUUUGCUUAGAAGCAACAGAAAUUUUAGGUCAUUCUGGCCUAAAUGAAUAAGGCAAGUUAUUGGAUGAAAUCAUUAAACAGUCCAUAGAUAGCUUCAGGCACAGAAUUAUCCAGAAAUGAGUACUGUCACCAGAGCUCCAGUCCUGUUUCUCUGCCAUUCUCUCAGGUCCUCCCACAGCUGUAUAGUGAGAUUGAUUUUCGGCUAGCUUCCUUCUGAGGCAUCCAUCUGGGCAGCAGCAAUGGCCCCAUCAGGUCCAUUCUUGACAUUUUAUACUAUGUCAUCCAGAGGGAAAGAGAGUUCUUUGGUGGCCUCUCUUCCAGCACCUCCCUUGAAGAUGAAUGGAAACUUCUUUCCUAAGAAACUUCAUCAAACAUUAAUUGGGUUUUUAUGGCCUGAAUAGGCAGGUGCCGUACUGCAAUCAAUCUUUUGUUCUGUGGGCAUGAGAUACGCAGAUUAGCCUGAGCCAUUUAGAGCACAUCCUAGGUGCUGAGGCCGAAUUUAUAUCUUACAGUCACUUGGGUAAGAGUGGACAUGAAAAUCUGGGAGGAGAUUGUUACUGAAAAGAGGGGAAUUCAUGCUCGCCAUCACCAAGAGCACUGGUGCAUCCACCAGGAUUCAACCUAAUAAGCAGUUCAAAGAGAUGCUCAAUGGUGAAAUCUGGGGCAAGUGGAGUAUUAAAAUGGAUAAGACAGUAGUAGAUUCUCAUCUAUUGUGUAAAGUAGAAUCCGUGAUCAUGUAGAGAUAAAUAAAUCAAUAAGGGAAUGGGGGUUGCCUGGGUGGCUCAGCGAUUGAGCAUCUGCCUUUGGUCGAGGGCAUGAUCCUGGAGUCCGGGAUCGAGUCCUGCAUCGG